AUGGCCCGUCGCCCGUUCCUGGCUCUGUUCGGCGCGGAUCCUGCACUGGACCAUCUGCAUCCCUACGAGACCUCUUGGCUGCUCCCUCCAGUGCUGCUCGGCGCACUCCGAGCCAUCAUCGCCGUCUACGUCUUCUUCUGCCUUAUCUACAUCUUCUGCUACUACGGCACGCACGAUGGCGACCACUACCUCAUCGGCCAGACCUUCAGCUACUUCACUUAUCUGAAUUUCUGGGGCAUGGCGUUUUACUUCGCCGUUGCUGCAUUUCACAGCUUUGCAUAUGCCGCCACUGGACGCUCGGUGAUGUUUGAGAAGCUGCCGCGUGUUUUCCGGGGCUUGCAUGCCCUCUUUUACUCGUGCAUCACCACGUUCCCGUUUCUGGUGCUGAUUGUGUACUGGGGGGUUUUGUAUCCUGGCACGUGGUUUAAAACGUGGUUCGAAGCAUGGAGUAAUGUCUCUGAACACGGCCUUAUUGGCCUCUACGCCCUUCUAGAACUCUUCCUAGCCACCACCCCAACCCAUCCAUUGAUCAAUCUAGCAUUCCUCAUCCUCAUCCUUGCCCUCUACUUAUCCCUUGCUUAUCUGACCCAUAAAACCGAGGGGUUCUAUGCUUAUUCCUUCCUUGAUCCUGGAACUCACGGUCAGCACAGUGGCAAGGUGGCCGCAUACUGCUUUACCAUUUUGGCGGCCAUCAUAGUGAUAUUCCUUGUCACCUGGGUGUGCAUCUGGCUGCGUCAGAGACUGACUGGCGGGAGAAUCAAGAGGGCGAGGCGUGAUCGGACGUUGAUUUACUCAAGUAAUAAUAAUGGCAAUUAUAAUGCGCAGCCGGACUUUAUAACAAAGGGGCCGAAUGAAUUUUAA